AUGGAGUCACCAGUAGCAAAGCAGGAGCUAAAUAUCCUGCCAGAGCAGGACGUUCCCCAAGAGGUCAACUUGUACGUCAAUAAGCUCAUCGGCCUUGAUUCUCCCCAUGGCAACAAGCCGUCCGCGCAGGUUUAUCAAGAUGACAGCUCGGAUUCCAAGAGCAAGAACGACAGCAACCUGCACACUAUCAGCCGCCUCCUGCAAGUUAUGAUCCCAUAUGGAGGCAUGGUGUCGAGCUGCUUUAGCAUGGCUUCCACCACCAUCGGCGCCGGCAUUCUCGGCCUUCCCGCUGCUUUCCACAGCGUCGGCAUCAUUAUGGCCACUGUCUACCUUGUACUGAUCACGGCGGAAACAGUGUACUCCAUGCGCCUCCUCGUUCAGGUGGCAGAUAGGACAGGGCUGCACUCCUUCGAGCAGAUGGCGAAGCAUCUUUUGCAUACCCACGCGGACAUUUUUGUCGCUAUAAUACGCGCGCUGCACAUCUUUGGUGGUGCCGUUGCCUACGUCGUGACCAUCGGUGACCUCCUCAAGCCGAUCCUCAGCUCCUUUGCGUCAACACCAUCGUUCCUCCUCACUUCCGUGGGUCUGAAGCUCCUUACUACUGGCUUCUGGCUAGUCUUUAUGUUCCCGCUCGUUCUGCCGCGUAAGAUCAAUUCACUCCGCUACGUCUCUGCCUUCGGCAUGCUCUUCAUCCUGUACUUAGCGUUUGUGGUCAUCAUCCACAGUGCUAUGAACGGGAUGAGCGCGAGUCCUCGCCCAACAACACGGCUGAUUAACAGCGGCAACACAGCCAUUGAGGGCCUCGGUGUGUUCAUCUUUUCCUACAUGUGUCAGAUCAACUGCGUGGAAGUCGCGCUUGAGAUGCGGCCUCGCAAUGUGCGUCGCUUCACUAUUUGCGCUGCCGUGAGCAUGACCAUCUGUGGAGUUCUAUACUACAUCACAGGUCUUUUUGGGUACCUCGACUUUGGGGAAGUACAAGGCUCCAUCCUUCUGCACUACAACCCAGUAAAACAGCCGCAGGUUUUUGUGGCUUAUGUUGGUGUGUUCAUCAAGAUCUGUGCCUCCUUUGGCUUGCUGAACAACGCCUGCCGCAGCGCUCUCUUUCCUCUCCUUGGCUGGGAUCCCUACACCGUGGUGUACUGGAAAUACUUCAUUGGAGCCGUUUCUCUAGCGGUGCUCAUACUCCUGCUCGGACUGUUUGUACCGAACGUGAAUAUAGUAUUUGGCUUCACAGGGGGCUUCUGUGGCGGUUUCGUCGGGUUCAUUUUACCUGCCCUGUUUGUGAUGUUCGCUGGUGGUUGGUCGCUCCGCUCUGUUGGCGUAAUCAAUUACUGCUGCACCUACCUUAUUUUGAUUGCUGGCGUGGUAGCCAUUGUCUUCGGUACUGCUGCCACUAUCUACACAAUCGUUAUCGGCUAA